UUCCUUUUUCUAUUUGUAUCUCUCCCACACUCAUCGCUCUGGCUCUCGCACAGUCGCUUCCCUCUUCAUCGCAUUCCUCUAUUUGGUCUUGAUUUCCGCCAAUGUCGCGCCGUGGUGGUGGCGGCGGCGACCGUGGCCGCGGCCGCGGCCGCGCGGGAGGCAGGAGAUCGGACUCUCGCGGCGAUCAGCCGGCCCCGUCCUUUCAGCGCGGUGGAGGAGGCGGCGGUAGAGGCAGGGGUUAUGCCGCCGCUGUCGGCGGUUCUGGGUACCGUCCGCCUCCACAGACGGCUCCCGCUCCGGCUCCCGCUCCGGCUCCCGCUCUGGCUCCUUCACCGGCUCGGCCGACUGACGCUUCGUCUUCCAUAGCGCCUGCUGCCGUUGCGGCUUCUCCCGGAGCAUCUGGUUCGGCGGCUUCCCCUGUCGCACCGGCUUUGGACGUUUCUCUGAGCGGCGAGUUCGAGCAGCGGCUCACAUUGCAGGCUCCUUCGCCGCCGCCCCUCUCGUCGAAGGGGACCAGACAUCCGCCGAGGCCUGGCUUCGGAACGGUCGGCAGAAAGUGCGUGGUCCGAGCGAACCAUUUUUUAGUUGAAGUAGCGGACAAGGACUUUCACCACUACGACGUAUCAAUUGAUCCUGUGGUUCCUUCCAAGAAAACCAAUAGGGAGAUAUUAGGUGUUCUAAUCAAACAAUAUGGGGAGUCUCAUUUGGGUAAGAGGAGGCCUGCGUAUGAUGGUGCAAAAAGUCUCUACACAGCAGGACCACUACCCUUCAACAACAAGGUGUUUUCAGUUAAAUUGGUAGAAAAUGAAGAAGCUGCUGGUAGUUCUUCUCAAUCGAGAAGGAAGGAACGUGAAUUCAAAGUGACUAUAUCGUUGGUUGCUAGGACCGAUCUUCAUCAUCUUCUGCAAUUUAUUCAGGGUAGACAAUUGGAUUGCCCGCAAGAGACUAUACAAGUUCUCGAUGUGGUCCUUAGAGCCUCUCCAUCUGAAAAGUAUACUGUUGUUGGACGAUCAUUUUUCUCACGUGACUUAGGGCUCAAAGGAGAUCUUGGUGAUGGAUUAGAAUACUGGAGAGGAUAUUACCAGUCUCUAAGACCUACACAGUUUGGGCUCUCACUCAAUAUAGACGUGUCGGCUAGAGCUUUUUACGAUCCAAUUCUUGUUACCGAGUUUGUUGCUAAACACUUUAACCGUCUAGAUAUGUCGAGGCCAUUGUCUGAUCAGGACCGUGCUAAGGUGAAGAAGGCUUUGAAAGGAAUUAGGGUGGAAAUCGCUCAUACAGGAUAUCGAAGAACUUACAAGAUAACUGGAUUGUCCAAUAAGCCAAUGAGCAAAACCACGUUUAUGCUUGAUGACCGCCAAACAGAGAUUUCAGUUUUCAAUUAUUUCCAAGAGAAAUACGAGAUCGUUCUGCGAUAUGGAUCAAUGCCCACACUACUAGCUGGAAGUGACACGAAACCUGUCUACUUACCUAUGGAGCUUUGUAAGAUUGUUGAUGGCCAGAGGUACACUAAGAGAUUGAAUGAACGGCAAGUAACUGCUCUAUUAAGAGCGACCUGCCAACGCCCUUAUGACAGGGAAAGGAGUAUCAGGCAGAUGGUUGAUGAGAAUAAGUAUGAUGAAGAACUCCUUCUAACAAAAGAAUUUGGAAUGUCAGUGAGAAAGGAACUUGCUUCCAUUGAGGCUCGUGUUUUGCCACCACCAAUGCUUAAAUAUCAUGAAAGUAGUCGAGAUGCAACGGUUGGUCCGUUGAUGGGACAGUGGAAUAUGAUUAACAAGAAAAUGGUCAAUGGAGGUAGAGUGGAUACCUGGAUGUGUGUAAACUUCUCAAGGUGGAAUCCAAAUAUUACUCAUCAAUUUUGUGACGAAUUGGUCAAGAUGUGUAGUAGUAAAGGGAUGGCUUUUAACCCACAACCAGUACUUCCUAUACGUGAUGGUCAACCCCACCAGAUUGAAAGAGUCCUUGCGGACAUUAAUAGAGAAUCUCGAGCAAAACUUGCAAACAUGAAUCUACCUCGAAAAGAACUUCAGCUGUUGGUAAUUAUCUUACCAGACAUGACUGGAUCUUAUGGGAAGAUUAAGAGAAUAUGCGAAACUGAACUGGGAAUUGUCUCACAGUGUUGCCAACCUAGACAAGCUGCAAAAAUGAGCAAGCAAUAUUUUGAAAAUCUUGCACUGAAGAUUAAUGUCAAGGUUGGUGGAAGGAAUACUGUUCUGAAUGACGCCAUCCUGAGAAGAAUCCCUCUCGUCACUGACAUGCCAACCAUAAUCUUUGGGGCAGACGUAACACACCCACCUCCUGGAGAUGAUGCUAAUCCUUCCAUAGCAGCUGUGGUAGCUUCCAUGGAUUGGCCAGAGGUGACGAAAUAUAGAGGUCUUGUUUCUGCUCAAACUCACCGACAGGAAAUAAUUAAAGAUUUGCACAUCCCCAAACAGACCCCGGAUGGGAAACCUGGAGGAAUGAUUCGGGAAUUGCUUAUUGCCUUCAGAAGAUCUACUGGGCAUAAACCUUAUAGGAUAAUAUUUUAUAGGGAUGGGGUCAGUGAAGGUCAAUUCUCUCAAGUGCUUCUUUAUGAAAUGAUUGCGAUUCGCGAGGCUUGUGAUGCACUUGAAAAGGAUUAUAUGCCACGAGUUACCUUCAUUGUGGUGCAAAAGAGGCACCACACACGCCUCUUUCCUCAGGAUUAUAACAGACGCGAUUCAAUGGACAAGAGCGGCAAUAUACUACCUGGUACUGUCGUUGAUACUCACAUCUGCCACCCCACUGAAUUCGAUUUUUACCUCAAUAGCCAUGCUGGGAUUCAGGGUACUAGUCGGCCAUCACACUACCAUGUGUUGCUCGAUGAGUACAACUUCACUGCCGAUGCUCUACAGGUCCUAACUAAUAAUUUGUGCUACACGUACGCUCGAUGCACGCGCUCGGUCUCAAUAGUGCCUCCUGCUUAUUAUGCCCAUUUAGCGGCCUUUCGAGCGAGGUAUUACGUAGAGGGGGAUGGGUCGGAUACUGGGUCAUCAUCGGGAGGAGGAAGGGGCACCAGGGAGGGGACUGCUGUGGAGAUCCGGGCACUUCCUACUAUCAAAGAUAAUGUCAAAGACGUGAUGUUUUAUUGCUGAUGCGUUGGGCACCAAGGAAGGGACUUUCCCUUUUUUUGUUUGGAAAUAUACUUGGCACUUGCUCACUUCAGGCGACAUACAUUUUGGGUUUUUGAUUCAUGUGAAAACAAACAUUAGACUCAGUUAUGAACUGGUGUGGGACAUCUUAGGCAACCGUCUGAUUUUGCGUUAGAAACCGUUUAAUGUUCGUUUAUCAUUUCUGGUGCGAAUGUUGAUAUUGAAAGGGCCUCCCGAUGAGGUAUUUACUUGAUUGUGCAGAAGAAA